AUGUCUACUUCAUACACCAACACCGAGUACACGUGCGGACAUAUUAUAGAAAAAGAAGCAGAAACCCGAGAAGCAAGCGAGGAGCCUUCGCAAGAGCCCAAGAAGCCAUUGGCACGCGCUUUGACUGGGAAGUUAAAGAAAGGAUUGAAGCGUGUUCUCACUUUGAGAGCUGCCAAACCCAUCACGCGCUUUUCCAGAUCGAAGUGUCCAGCUUGUGCCCCCCCAGCUCCAAGUCAAGACACCUCCCAGCCUGAAGAAUCCGAUCUCCAACCUCGCCACAGCGAUGAAAUCCUCAGGGAGGAGAUCCUCUCGCAAGAAAAACUCGCACCUUUGGAGCCCACCAGCGACUGGCGCCGUGAGCAAGCUCGAAUUCUCCUCAGGGCCGUCCACAAAGAAACCCAGCGCCGCGAAGCGACUCAACCAGUUCAAACUCGAGAGGACACACUCGCUACUCUCGAAGGCCGUCGUCCCACCAUCCAGCAUCGUCCCACUCUGCCCCUCGGGGGUAACUGGGAUCCCAAGGAGGAGGAAUCGCGACCCCAAUUCGACGAGCUCGACCUCUUCGGCUACGUUUCUUCCGACCCCGACAGCGAGUGA